UUUUCUCCGGGGCCCCCAUGGAGGAAGUGGGGAAGUUGGCACGGGCACCCGGGACUCCCAGCAGCCGGUGAUAGAUGGACUAGAUGGACGCGGCGAGGAUGAGUUCCUUCCUCGAUUACCCGCCCAUCCUCAACGGAGGAGAGCCCGCCACUUGCUCCCCCCGCGCCUACCACCACCACCACCAUCCCCACCACCACCACCGCCACCACCACCCCGAGCAUGGGGCCACCGCCAGUACCACCUUCCCGUCCUGCGCGGUCAGUGCCAACGGCUGCAACGGGGACGAGCGCUUCCUGGUGUCCCGAGGGAUGCCGCUCAGCCCCCAUGCCCACCACCAGCCGGGCCCCGCCUACCAGCCUCACCCCGGCCUGGGCAUGUCCUACCCGCACCCGGGCUACGGGGCGCAAGGCUUCGGCGCCGGGGGCUACGGGCCCCACUACCCGCUGAGCCCCGAGGCAGAGGUGAACGCCGCCGGGUACCCCCAGUGCGCGCCCGGCCUCUACUCCGGGAACGUCUCCUCCUCGCCCUCGGUGGUGCCCCACCCGGCUCAGGGCUACGCGGGGGCCGCGGUGGGCUCAGCCCCCUACCUCCAGGCCCCCUACGGAGAAGAGCAGCAGGGACUGCCCUUGACCAGCUACGGACACCCCUUGUCCCCCCUCCAGUCCAGCCACCAGGAACCCUGCGGCUCCCCCUCCGCUUCCGAGACCUCUCCUCCGGCCCAGACUUUCGACUGGAUGAAAGUGAAGAGGAACCCACCCAAAACAGGGAAAGCGGGCGAGUACGGCUACGUGGGUCAGCCCAACACGGUCCGAACCAACUUCACCACCAAGCAGUUGACGGAACUGGAGAAAGAGUUCCACUUCAACAAAUACCUGACCCGGGCCCGGAGGGUGGAGAUCGCGGCCUCUUUGCAACUCAACGAGACCCAGGUCAAGAUCUGGUUCCAGAACCGCAGGAUGAAGCAGAAGAAGCGGGAGAAAGAGGGCUUGCUGCCCAUUUCGCCGGCCACCCCGACCGGAAGUGAGGACAAAGCGGAGGAGUCGUCGGAGAAGUCCAGCCCAUCCCCGUGCACCCCCUCCCCGGCCUCCUCUACCUCAGACACUCUGGCUACCUCCCAUUGAACUAAACGGGACCCACUCCCCAAUCCUCGAAGGCACAAUCCUAGCGUCGUUUUUCUAGAUUGGGUUCAGAAAGGCUUUAAACAAAAAACUAUACGACAUUUCCUCCCUCCGGGUAGUUUUAUGUCUCCACUGGCACUAAGAUGUCAGAGGGGGAAAACCAACCCCGCGAGAUCCUGAACUUCUUCACUCUGGAAGCCAAUCCCCUUGAUUUCAGAGGAUUUUCCCCCUCCCCCUACAAAUCUGUGCAACGUUUAGUCUCUUCUCAAAACCAAGGAAGAGAGCCAGAGUUGUGCAGUGAGCCUUUCACCACGACUUUAGAGACCAAGGCUGCAUCAAGGAAACCCACAGGGUGACCUUGGGCGAGUCACACUCUCUCAGCCCUAGAAAAAAAGGCACAAAACAAGGACAACUAACAACUGCAACAGCCAAGGAAAGUAAUGUGGUGAGGCUUAGUUAGAGACUAACUGGAACCCCAUUGAUUUCAGUAGGAUUUCGUUAGGAUUGGUUUACUACCUUUGAAUAAGUUCGGUAAUGGGUAUCCACAAUCCCCUUUAUUAUUAUUAUUAUUAGACAUGAUUUCCUUCCUCAAUUCUAAAUUUCCUUCCUCAAUUUUUAAAUUCGGUUUCAUCUCCCCCUGGCGCAAUGGGUGACAGGUAUGAGUUUCGAAUCUGGGGAGAACGUGGAUGAGCUCCCUCUGUCAGCUCCAGCUCCCCAUGCGGGGACACUAGAGAAGCCUCUCACAAGGAUGGUAAAACAUCAGGGCGUCCCCUGGGCAACAUCCUUGCAGACGGCCAAUUCUCUCACACCAGAAGCGACUUGCAGUUUCUCAAGUCGCUCCAGACAAGAAAAAAAAUUACUCUAGAUACUGUGUGGGAGCAAUCAUAAGAAUUACUAGACUAGAAAGAAAUUUCUAAGGACAUUCAUUACUGCAGAAGACACAGAAGAUACCAAAAAAAUCUUGCGAAGCGAUAGAUGCACUAUAUUGGGAAGCGUUUACACGAGUUCUAAGACUUUCGGUCUUUUAAUUUAAUGUCUCUGUUGUUUUAUUUGUGUACGUGUGUGUACGAGUUUGUGGGUUGUAAAUAUUUUUUCCAAGAGAUUUUAUCUUUUUACGGAUUUUUUCUAGAGAUGUUUAGAUAAGGAGAUGAAACAGGGUGGUCACAUUCUCAGAACUUGCUUCGGUUUUUAUAACGAAAGGUGAGGAUGUCGCGAAUGUAAAACGUGUUCAACUCAAUCAGAUACCUCAAAAAAUUAUAAUGUACUCGUAAUAUGUCUUUAAGUGAGUUAGGAAAAAAAACACAAGCCGAAAUUGCACUAGGUUUUGUUUUAUAAUAAACCUGGCUUAUGGGUAUCUGUUUCCCCCUUUAAACCCUUUCAUUCCCGACUUAAGAUGAUCAUUAAGAAAAAAAGAUAAACCAAGUCCCCUUCUUCCCUUUCUAUGACUUGUACCCGGCCUUAGACUUGAAGUGUUUUUAGCCAAAUUCCGGAAUGUGAUGGAUGGCCAAAUGAAUGUAUAUUUUCUGUGAUUUUAUGUGUCUGGAACUUUGCAUGGUGCACAAAGCUUUCAUGUACUAAGCUGAGCUAACACUGAGUUCUAUCAGUUGUCAUUUGUGAUCUAGUACUUUCUGAUGUUUUCUGUACAAUCAUUCGAGGUUCUGGGAUUCCUGUGGGAUUCCGGGUGGGAAAGGAUGGAAUCCAGAGCAGAAUUUUACGGGUCCUAUAAAUCUCUGUAAUAAAAAAAUACUCAUA